AUGUGGUUCGAGCAGUUCUAUUCGGGACUGAUAACUCUUGGUUUUGUGGCUGGAGCUUGUUAUAUGAGUUAUCCGUUCAACAUAUGGGAUGUUGGAAGAGCGCAUAGAAGAGAUUACUGUACUCCUUCAAGAAUUGCCUUGUCGAAGCGGGACCACCGUCUCACUGGAAACCAAUAUGUUAUUUCCGGCUUGGAUUCUAUCAGUGAUUAA